AUGGCGUGGUUGCAGGCCGGACAAACGAACUCCUUUGGAUCUGAGAUUAUUUUAGCAAAAAAAGCUGAAACAACUAAAAGAAAAAGGAGACUCACCGACCAACAUUCAUAUCAAGAGAAUCACAAGGAAUACACUGAAUAUGUAGACAUUAUAAAGAGUGUGGAUUAUAUCGACUGUUCAGGUCUACAUUUCAGUAAUGCUGAAAAGCAGAUCAAAAAUUUUAAGUCAUUCUCUCAGUCCAAGUUCAAGCCAAGGGAACUUUCUCUUAUUCAUCGAUGCCUGGAAUAUGCAUUGGGAAGUGGUACAUCUAUAGACUUUGGAGGAUAUAUUCGUCGUGCUAGAAGACAUACUCUUGGAUAUGGAAGUGUAGGGGGUUUUGUGGAUUUGCCAAAUGAUCCUCAAAAAAAUCCUAAUGGAGAGGCAUUUGGUCUUAUAACUUGUUCACAUGUUGUAUUUUCUUCAGAUAAACUGAAAAUACCGAGAAGUGAAUUAAAAGAUAUGUUGGACAAAGAAUCUGAUUUUGAAGUAGAGGUUUUUGAUAAAAAUCAACAAAAAUUUCAUGUAUGUGGCAAACUAGUGGAUAAAUGUUUUCCAGAAAGGUGCUCAGAUAGUAAAAAUUUAGUUGACGCUGCUUUGAUCAAACUAGAUCAAGCUGUGAAAAACUUUGGCUUCCCGGUUACUGUAGCCGACCAGUUAUACUCGGCAGGUUUUGUUUCAAAUACGCCACCUGUUUUUAAAGGCGAUGUUAUUACUGUAAAAGAUCCUGACCCUAUCCUUGGACUAAGCAAUAAAAUUCCAGGUGCAUCAGACAGUGUCAUAAAAUACGGAAGUAAAACAAAGUUUACCAUCGGAAAUCUCUAUUAUAAUGGAGUGCAUGUCCGCUUUUUGAACGAAACUUUAGCUUUACCAGACAAUAUCAACUCUGCUGUUAUGUACAACCAAAUAGAAAUUCAGAGUCUUCCUCAUGGAACAUUUUUUGAGCCUGGUGAUUCGGGGGCCUUUGUGUUUUGUAUUAACCGAGACAAGACACUGAGUUGUCUUGGGAUGGCGAUAGGCACGAGCACAAAGGGAUCCUGUCUCGUGACACCAAUGACUAGAAUUUUAGAUUCUUUUUGUCUUCCUCAUAAAUUAAAGCCGUGCUCUCCCUUUGUUUCUACAGCAGAUCAAAAAGGAGCUAAUUUGCAAGCGUUACUGACAAAUUUGCAAACAAACAUACAAACGUCAAUGGCAGAUAUGCAAACAGCACUUCAAACAGAAAUUGGAAACUUGAGGGCGGAAGUUCGGGAAACUAACGAGAAAAUCCAAACAGAAAUUGACAAUCUGAAAACAAAACCUCAAAAGUCGAGACAGCAAUAA